AUGCUUGCCAAAGCCAUAAGAAGACUUCAACCUCUCCAACGUUGGGUCAGAACUGGAGAAGCCACUGCUUAUGAAGAAACAGAACGUGACUUCCUCCCUCCUGACGUCUUCUACAAGCAGCUUAGCGAGCGAGGCUUUGACUUCUUUACUGGCGUCCCUGAUUCACUGCUCAAAGAUUUCUGUGGCUUUGUCUCUGACAACCAUGCACCAGAGAAGCAUGUUAUCACUGCCAACGAAGGCACAGCAAUCGCCGUUGCAGCAGGCUACCACAUGGCAACCCGUCGUUUCCCAUUAGUCUACUUACAAAACUCAGGCAUCGGAAACACAAUUAACCCUUUACUCAGUCUGGUCGACCCUAGGGUCUAUAAAAUCCCAAUGCUCCUGCUUAUUGGCUGGAGAGGAGAGCCAGGGAAAAAAGACGAGCCUCAGCAUUUAGUCCAAGGAAAAGUGAUGAGCAGCUUGUUAACUGACGUCGGAAUUACCUAUGAAGUAUUGCCAGACUUCGAAGAAGGUGCUGCAGCUGCACUUGACUUAGCCCUUUAUCAUCUUAGAACGAGAGGAGCGCCUUAUGCAUUUUUGGUCAGACGUCAAUGCUUUUUGAAAUAUGAUAUAAAAUUUAUGAUGAGAAAGCCAUUUUGGAUAAAACAAAAUUUGGUUAGCUUGAUAGUAAAAAAAUGCUUAUCAGUGACUAUUAAUUAUGAAUUAGUAUAUAAAAAAUAGCGUAAACAGCCCAUAUCCUAUGAACAGAGAAAUGGCUAUUGACUAUUUGACUGAUAAGCUUGGCAAGUUUGAUGCUGUAGUGGCUACUACAGGGUUCCCAUCAAGAGAACUAUAUGAACUGAGGAUUAAAAAAGGCCAAAGCACACAGCAGGAUUUCUAUUGCGUAGGGUCUAUGGGACAUGCAUCAAGCAUUGCGAUGGGAAUUGUUAGCUUCAUUAUUUUCCUCACUCCCUCUGUGAGAAAAAAAAAAAAUUUUGUUCGCUAAAGUAAGGGGUUAGUUUUUUAAAAAAUUUAUAUAUAAAUUUUAUAGUAAAGGAAAUAUUAAAUUUAAUAUUUAAAAUUUAUGUUUUAUGUUUUAUUGGGCAAGCUGUUUAAAAUUAAACUGAAUUAGCAUGAGAUUUCAUUAUACUAAUUAUGACUUAUAUAUCAAAAUUUUUUUUAUUAUUAUAUUAUAAAUUUUUGCUCGCAUGGGCUUUUGGGCGAAAAUAGAGAUUUUCAAUGGUUUUUUUCUCUCACUGAGGGGGGAGUCAGGGAUAUUUCCUUUGCAGAUAUUUCCUCAGCAUUAUUUGAACUAAAAUCAGGCUAAAGUGUACGCUAAAGAAUAUUUUCCCCAAAAGUCGAGCUUACAGAAUUGCAUUGGCCAAGCCUUCGAAAAAUGUGUUUUGCUUUGAUGGGGAUGGAGCUUUUCUUAUGCAUAUGGGAGCUGCAGCACAGGUAGGGAGCAGAAAUAUUCAUAAUUUCAAACACAUUUUAUUGAACAAUGGAUCACACGACUCUGUAGGAGGACAGCCGACCGUAGGUUUCAAUGUGAAUUUCUUGGAAAUUGCAAAGGCAUGCGGAUAUAAGCAUUCAGUAAGUGUAAGCACCAAAGAGGAGCUAGACCAAGCAUACCCAAUUUUUGCGAAUAGUGAAGGACCUUCUUUUAUGGAGAUUAAAUUGACAAGAAAAACAAGAAAAGAUUUAGGAAGACCAAAAGGAGAGCCUAGAGACAACAAAGAGCUGUUUAUGAAUUUCUUGGAUCAAUAA